UGCUUAUCCUAGACCGGUGAUUCAUGCAUCAUUUCAGAAUUCAUCGACAUUCAUAUAAUGCACUCUAUGUAUGCGAUGAUCGAUAAGAUCAGCACUUGUGAUAGGUGUAGGGUAUUUUCGAUAGCCCACAUCCAACACAAACUUAAAGGCUCUUGAGUCUUAGCUAGACCUAGACCCUCCCGGACCCCAACUGUCCCCACUCCCUCGCAUUCAGUUACUUUACCCAAAGAUGAUGGUCAAAUAUUUCUCACAGUACUCUCUUGUUAACACUGUCGACGAUGACAACGAAAAACUAUCUGGUGAUGCAGCAAGGUUCGGUGCAGAACCUCGUCCCGAGUCACGUACCCUUCGCCUGUGGUUGACCCAUGGCAUACUUGUAUGCACAUCGGUUCUCUUUUUCACGCUAUGGAUGCGUACGCCUUCGACUUACCUGCACAAUGACAUUCCUAGCAUAUAUUCUCCAGCCAAUAUUGCUAUCGAGCCUGUAAUUGUGAGGUUUAACGGAACCCUCAACUUUCCUUCUAUCUAUCGUGGCCCCCCUUCCCCAGAAAUUGAUGCCGCUUGGAAUAGAGUAUCUCGUAAUGUGGCACCAAGUCGGAUGACCCGUGAGGAGAUGCUCAAAGCAGGCACAACAGAUUUACUUUCGAAAGUCAGAUAUCCGGACAAAAUUGGCGGAGGUUAUAUGGCUUCCUUGGAAUCUGCCCACCAACUGCAUUGUGUGAACUUGCUUCGCAAAGCCUCUUGGUUGGAGUACUAUGAGCCCACGGAUAUUUCGUUCCAAAAUACCCCAGAGAUAGUCCGUUUGCAUCUUGAUCACUGCAUCGAAAUGAUAAGGCAGAAUAUUAUGUGCAAUGCCGACGUGACGAUGAUCACAUGGUACUGGGUGCAGGGACACGCGGUCUCUUACCCUAACUUCAACACCCGUCAUCGAUGCAGGAACUACGAGAAAAUCAUGGAUUGGUCUGUCGAACACGCUAUUCAUAUCGAUGAAUCCGAGGUUACUCGCUUCGAAGAUACCGUCGACCUCCCCAAACAUCAGCGCGUCACGUCGUGAUGCAUGAUCAAGGAAUAUCAUACUGCUUGCCUGCUUGCUCACUGCACUUGUUCAGCCUGAAUACCAUGGAAGGAGGGCAGUUAUUGGUGCCUUGGAAGAACUGUUGCAUUAUGAGUUUAUAAACGAGGGAGAUGUAGACUGAUGUGAUCCAGAAUGUCAGACUCAAGGCUUGUAUAUCUAGGGCCUAUCCUUCAGAAGGCGCAGGCCAUCGACCUAUCCUCUCACAGUC